AAUAUAAAUCAAGUUAAAAUCAUAAAGGCUAAAAAACAUGCAAACAAAAUAAACAUCUAAAAAUCAUAGGCGGCAUUUUGCAGAGAGGGAAAACCAGAGCAGAAUUCGUGGAGACAAAGAUCUCCGCAUGAAAGAUAGCUCCCAGUCCAAAGGAGAAUGAUGCGUUUGGCGCGGCUUGCGCUAGAUUUCUCGUUUAAAAAGAACGCGGCCAAGCAUCGCGGCAGAGGCAGAGGCAACGAAAACGGAAGCGGCAGCGGCGGCGGAAGCGGAAACGGGACCGGAACCGGAAACGGCCAGGGGUUAAGUGGCAGCUGCAGUGCCAACGGCCUGGCAGCCACUGGCGGCGUUGGAGGGGGCGGCGGAGGCGGAGGCGGUGCGAGUAGGAGUGGCAAAGGCAGAGCCAAGGGCAGCGGCGGUGGGGGGAGUGGCAAGCGGAAGUCGAAGACAAGGACAAAGUGCUUCGGUGGCACAGUGUUUCGGUGUUGCCUCCCUUGUCGCGGGGGCGGCUCCGCAGCCCCCGCCACAAGUCCGCCCCACACACCCGCCCAGUCGCCGGACGAGCUCAAGGUCAGCCCGAAGGACAGUAGGCCGGAGGGGCCGCAGGGGCUCCUGGAGCGGGCCACCCAGGAACGGGAACGGGACAACAAGGAGGUUCUGCUGCUAAACCGCGCCGGAUCUGCGCUGGACCUGUACGGCGGAGCCAAGAAGCACUCGCUGGCGGACACGAUCGACACCUCGGCGACCACCCCGAUCUCCCUGAAGACCCUCAUAAACGACGUGGACGAGGAGCUGGACCAGCAGCUGAGCGCGGCGGACAUAGCAGCGGCCAGCUUGGCCAGCGGUCUGGUGGCCCGCCGAGCGGAGCCGGAGACGCUCAGCGACGCCAGUGUCUCGCCCACCGCGGUGGUGCAGCAGCAGCAGCAGCAUUUGCAGCACCCCCAAUCGCAGUCGCUGGCACAAACACAAGCACAAGCACAGCCACAAGCGCACUCAGUGCCCAGCAGCGGCAGCAUCCUUAGUCAGGUCACACUGUACAGCGGCAGCAACCCCGCCUCGAACCAGCCAGUCCAGAGUUCGAGUGUUGCUCCUAACCAGAGCCAAAAUCAGAAUCCGAAUCAGAAUCAGAAUCAGCAGAGGUGCAGCUGCCAACCGCAGACUUCACCGCUGCCCCACAUCAAGGAGGAGGAGGAGUCCGAGCAGGCCAACUCGAAGCAGCAGGCGUCUGGCAAGGACCAGCAGCCGCCGCCUCCGCCGAUCACCAUAGCCAGUGGCUACUGCGGCAGCUGCGAGAGCGUCCACCACUCGUCGGCCACCUCGUCGUCGGGCGGCACAGUGCCCACUGGCAGUCAGCCGCCGCAGGAGUACAUUGCAGGUACCUCCUCGACGCCCUCGCCGCGCAUCAAGCUCAAGUUCCGCAAGCCGCACAAGUCCUGCUGGUCACGCAUCGUCCUCGCGCCGAUCGGGUCGGCGGGCGGAUCCUCGUCGGCCACCACCGUGAUUGGCAGCAACUCGAACGAGACCUUGGCCUCCAGCAGCACCACCGGCGGCACUGCCACCACCACCCAGAACAGCAGCAGCGCCAGCGUCGCGGCGCACCACCGGCUGACCUCCUCGUCGGCCUCCGCGCUCGCCUCCUCGCACCCCAGCAACUCGCAGCUGCUGCCCACCAGCAAGAUGCAGGCGGAGCAGGGCUCGAUCGGCGACCUGCAGAAGUACCACAGCCGGUACCUCAAGAACCGUCGCCACACGCUGGCCAACGUUCGUUUCGAUGUAGAAAAUGGCCAGGGCGCUCGAUCACCGCUCGAGGGCGGCUCUCCCAGCGCCGGUUUGGUUCUACAGAACUUGCCACAGCGUCGCGAAUCGUUUUUGUACCGCUCCGAUUCCGACUUCGAGAUGUCUCCCAAGUCCAUGUCCCGGAACUCAAGCAUCGCUAGUGAAAGGUUUAAAGAACAGGAGGCCUCUAUACUCGUUGACCGAUCCCACGGCGAGGAUCUUAUUGUGACGCCCUUCGCCCAAAUUUUAGCCAGCUUACGUUCAGUGCGCAACAAUUUAUUAAGUCUGACAAAUGUUCCAGCAUCAAACAAAUCCAGGCGGCCCAACCAAUCCUCGUCGGCCUCCCGGUCGGGAAACCCCCCGGGAGCCCCCCUCUCGCAGGGCGAGGAGGCCUACACCCGCCUGGCCACCGACACCAUCGAGGAGCUGGACUGGUGCCUCGACCAGCUGGAAACCAUCCAGACCCAUCGCAGCGUCUCCGACAUGGCCUCGCUCAAGUUCAAGCGCAUGCUGAACAAGGAGCUGUCCCACUUCAGCGAGUCCAGCAGAUCGGGCAACCAGAUUUCGGAGUACAUCUGUUCCACAUUUUUGGACAAGCAGCAGGAGUUCGACUUGCCCUCGCUGCGCGUGGAGGACAACCCGGAGCUGGUGGCCGCCAAUGCCGCCGCCGCCGGCCAGCAGUCCGCCGGGCAGUACGCCCGCUCCCGCUCGCCGCGCGGGCCGCCCAUGUCGCAGAUCAGCGGCGUGAAGCGGCCGCUCUCGCACACCAACAGCUUCACCGGCGAGCGGCUGCCCACGUUCGGCGUGGAGACGCCCAGGGAGAACGAGCUGGGCACCCUGCUCGGUGAGCUGGACACCUGGGGCAUCCAGAUCUUCAGCAUCGGCGAAUUCAGCGUCAACCGCCCGCUCACCUGUGUGGCAUACACCAUUUUUCAGAGUAGAGAAUUACUGACCAGUCUUAUGAUACCACCGAAAACUUUUCUUAACUUUAUGACUACUCUGGAGGACCACUACGUCAAAGACAAUCCGUUUCACAACUCGCUCCACGCCGCCGACGUGACCCAGAGCACCAACGUUCUGCUCAAUACGCCGGCUCUGGAGGGCGUGUUUACUCCACUAGAGGUGGGCGGGGCCCUGUUCGCCGCCUGCAUCCAUGACGUCGAUCACCCAGGGCUCACCAACCAGUUCUUGGUCAACUCAAGUUCCGAACUGGCGCUGAUGUACAAUGACGAGUCUGUUCUGGAGAACCACCACCUAGCCGUUGCCUUCAAGCUGUUGCAAAACCAGGGAUGUGAUAUAUUCUGCAAUAUGCAAAAGAAGCAACGCCAGACGCUGCGGAAGAUGGUCAUCGACAUCGUGCUCUCCACGGACAUGUCCAAGCACAUGAGUCUGCUGGCCGACCUCAAGACCAUGGUGGAGACCAAGAAGGUGGCCGGGUCCGGGGUGCUGCUGCUGGACAACUACACCGACCGCAUACAGGUGCUCGAGAACCUGGUGCACUGCGCCGAUCUGAGCAAUCCCACCAAGCCGCUGCCGCUCUACAAGCGCUGGGUGGCGCUGCUCAUGGAGGAGUUCUUCCUGCAGGGCGACAAGGAGCGCGAGUCGGGCAUGGACAUCAGCCCGAUGUGCGACCGCCACAACGCCACCAUCGAGAAGUCGCAGGUGGGCUUCAUCGACUACAUCGUCCACCCGCUCUGGGAGACCUGGGCGGACCUGGUGCACCCGGACGCCCAGGACAUACUCGACACGCUUGAAGAGAACAGAGACUACUACCAGAGCAUGAUACCGCCCUCGCCGCCGCCGUCGGGGGUCGACGAGAACCCGCAGGAGGACAGGAUCCGCUUUCAAGUUACCCUGGAGGAGUCCGACCAGGAGAACAUCGCCGAGCUGGAGGAGGGCGAGGAGAGCGGGGGCGAGAGCAGCACCACCGGCACCACCGGAACCCCCGCCGCCACUGGCUUGGGCGGAGGCGGAGGUGGAGGCGGGGGCGUGGCACCCGGGACGGGUGGCUGCCAAAACCAACCGCAACACGGUGCAAUGUGACGGAGAGUCGUGGGAGUUUAUCGCAAAUUACAGGAAAAGGCUCACAACUUUUUCCUAUUACGUUAGUGACUACUAUUAACACAAAACAAAGAAAAAAAACAAAUCCAAAACCAAAAAAACCAAAAAAAAAACAAAGAAAAACUCUUGGGAAAAAAGGAAAAAAAAAACGACACUAAAACCAAAAAGGCAAACUAAGGAAAUAUUUAAGAAAUGUUUAAAAGCAUACAAAAUCCAAACAGCAAUAGCAAAAGUACCAUUAAACCUAUAAAGCCUAGAGAAACAUGAAACAUGAAGCAAGAAGGUAACAAUUUACUAAUUACAAAAGCGAGAUCAAUGUUGAACACACUGAAAGCAGCAGAAUUCGAGAAAAACCCCUAUAUUGUUAAACACACACACACUAAACACUAAAACCAAGACAAGAAAACAAAAGUGAGAAAAACAAUUAAUAAGUAAUACUAGGAAAUACCAAAACUCCCGCCCCAAAAACUUACUCUAUUAUAUAGACGAUUUUUAUGUAGGCAAAUAAUUUCUGUUUAAUUCAUCUGAACUCGGACUUCAAUUGAAGUAAACCCUAACUGUCCAAGUCUCCUCUUUUAAACCAUUGACUAAAAUGAACUACUAAAAAAAGAAUAACUAACUGGAAGAAAUAAUACAUAGGUUUUUAGCUUAAGCAAAGUUUCUAAGUUUUACAUGUUUGCAUGCCCGAAAUUUUUCAUUUUACUCAAUUGAUACCGUUUGUUCCAAGUAACAUAUGAAGUUUUGUAUGAUUUGGACCAUGUGCAACACCAACACCCCUAGUGAAUUAAACAAAAAUUGAAAAGCAAUUUCAGUUAAAACCAUUUAAACCUAAACCUAAAGCCCCAAACAAAAAAGAGAACGAAAACAGUCUACAGCCAGACUGUGUUGUAUAGCUAUAUAUAUGGUAUACCAUUUUUUUUUUAAUAUUAUUUGUAAAUAUUUUAAAUGUUGGACUCGAAUUUAAAUCAAGUGGCUAGUAAGUAUUGCAGCCAAGGACUUAAACUCUAAAACUAUAUGAAAACAAAGCCAAAAACGCAUAAAUAGGGAAAUAAUUGGUAAAGACGAUGGAAAGGAAACAGUGUUGUACUAUUAUCGAAAGGAUUUCCAAUUGAAUUUUCAAAUAACAUUGUAAUAUGAUUUGCUUCCAGUGAAAGAGAGAGAAGAUGGAAUAGAGAAAGAGAGAGAGAGAGAGAGGGAAAACCCAAAGUAAUGUCAAAUGCUGUCUUCGCAAAUAGUUUUCGCUAUGAAUUACUUAUAUCAUUAUUUACUAGUUACUAAGCUACUACUGAUCCACACAACUCAAAAACGAAAGAGACAGAAACACUAAGUCGAAAUAGAGAAGGAGGGAAAUUAAUGAAUUUAGUGAACAACUCUUACCGGCGAAACACACACAAUUUACAAUCAAAACCACUAGAAAAGACUCUUUAAGCACAAACAACUUUUAGUUCCCCAAUGAAAAACAAUGCAAAACCAAAGCAAAACAAACACACACAGAAACAAAGAAAAACAAGUCAAAACCGAAAAUGUCAUUGGCUAUAGUACACUUAUUUUUAACUUACCUGUACGGAUAUAUAUAGAUGUAACUGUAUGCAUAUGCAUAUGCAUAUGCAAAGUCACGAUUCAGGCGCUGGUGCGCAUAUCGAAUAAUGUGGCAGGCCAAAUUCUAAAGCGCAUAGUUGAACUAUUGUUUAAUAUUAUAUUUUUUAUUGUUAUUAAUUUAUUAUCCAAAAUAUUUUUUUUUCAGACAUAGUGCUACACAUUUCUUUUGUGUUUAAGCGGGCAGGAUCCGCGCUAAAAAUAUUGUUUUUUUUAAUUAUAAUAUAUAUCUAUGAUACGAUAUGUGAAUGAAAUGUAAUGAAAUGAAAUGGAACCUUGAUGGUCUAAAAAUAUCAUUAAAAAAGUUGAAUAACAAGAUACUUUAUAGCAACUUGAGCAGCAUUGUAAAUGCGAGCUUCAGAUUUACUUUUUUCGAAACCCAAUCCGACUUUCAGCAAAUACAGCAAAGUAUAUAAUCUACAUACAUAUAAUAUUAAUUAAACCAUAGUUGCGACGAAAACAAAUAAACUAAAAUGACGUCGAGUCCAUGGCAAGCAUAAGCAAAACAAAAAACAAAGAUCUACUUUAACAAGUUGAGUGAAAUAAAUAAAGAGAAAACCUAAUGAUUGUUUCUCCUGUCUUAAAAAAAGCGGAAGAAAAUCAA